GUGUUCGGCGGCGGUCCUGUGUCCGGUAAUAAAAUAUUCCCUAGGAACAUGCACGCACGCGUUUUAUUUUAACAUAACCUCGAAAGAAUUGUCAUAGCAGAAUCAUAGUUUUUAUAUAUCGUCAGAAUAAAACACGUUUCAUAAAAAACAUGCCAUAGAAUAAAAAUCAGUGUCACGAAGUAGAAAUCAUUUUCUUAGUUUUCGGUGGAUAGUGUUCGAAUUACGAUCAAAAAUUCGAAAAACAAUUGUUUUUCGAAGAUCGUCCAACAAUGAAGAAUCUCGCUGUACACACUCACACCGUACAAAAUAAUACUCCGGAAUUUUAUCAAGGAAUAUUAAACGGCGAUGUUCUUUGUUGUACCAAUCCUGACAAUGAUGACCUUUACGUUCUGCAAGAAAAACACAUCUAUUUAAUUUCGUCGAAAAAUGGUUUCAAAACCACUGAUAUUAAUAUUGAAACAGAGGAAUCUGCAAAGCCUGUAGGACUCGAAUAUUGCAGCGAUGUGGAACAAUUAUGGUGCGCCUAUGACACAGGCGCUAUUAUUUCAGUUAAUUCAGAACCCACAUUGCAACCAGAAAUAACAACUCAUUUCUCUGAAGGUCUGAAAUCUAUGAAACUCAGUCCAGAUCAGGAAAUUCUUGUACUGAUCACCGCUGAUAAUACCGUUGUUACAACCGUAUCAAAUUUUCAUAUUGUAUCUAAGGUGCAUCUCAAUUCCAAUGAAUACGGCAUGAAUCAGUUUGUCACAGUAGGAUGGGGCAAGAAAGAGACCCAAUUCCAUGGCUCAGAAGGCAAAGCAGCUGCAAAAGCAAAGGACGUUGUAGUCGGUAGAACUGUAAAUGACGAUGAAAAGCCGAGGAUAACAUGGCGAGGUGACGGUACAAUGUUUGCCACAAGCUUCAUGCGCGACGAUGGCCAGGCAAGAUUGUUCAAAGUUUUCAAUCGCGAAGGAAUACUUCAGUGUACCAGCGAACUGACUGCUGGUAUGGAACCACAUAUAGCAUGGAAACCUUCAGGAAAUAUAAUUGCAACAGGACAAUUAUUGCCGAACAAACACGUGAUUGCAUUCUUUGAAAAAAAUGGCCUGAAGCACAGGGAACUUUGUCUUCCUUACAAACCGAACGAAAUUGAGAUAAUAAGCAUAACGUGGUCGCACGACUCCGAAAUUUUAAGUAUAUGGCUCAAGGAGAAGAACAGUGAUGAAACGUGUUUGCAAAUUUGGACUGAAAGUAAUUACUACUGGUACCUCAAGCAGACGAUUAAAUUUACAGUGGAAAAUCCUCUUGUCUAUUUUUCUUGGAGCGCCGCCCCGAGAGCUGGCAAAAGAUUGAUUUUGCUUACGAAAAAGAAAACGAUGACUUAUUCGUUUCGUUGGAAAGUUGAUCACAGUCGUUGUCUCCAUCCGAUCGACAAAGCGGUCGUUGGCGUUAUAAACGGGAAAGAAGUUUUGCUAACGGGCUUUCGUGUCGGCAUCGUUCCACCUCCAAUGGCUCACACAUCCUUGAAAUUUAAUGAGACAAUCAAUUCGAUUGUAUUUUCACCAGGCUAUGUGCCCGGUGAUUCCCAGUACGAUUCGAAUACUUGUAUGUGCCUUCUCAGCGAUAAUCGAUUGGCUCUUUGCCUUCACAAUAAGGACUCGCGUCUCUUGGAGUACAAUCACGCUCAAACAUAUGCCAUAGAUUGGCAAAAUCCUGUCGUCACUGAUACCGAAACUUAUUCCUUCCACCACUUAUUAUGGUUCAAACAAAACAUUAUACUCUGCUCGGCUUCUUCUAACACGUACAGUUAUCUCUGUGUCCUCAAUCUAGAAGGAGAGGAUUUUAAAAACGAGGGUCGUGUUGUUGUCAGGGCGGUGUAUCUGAUGGAUGAUCAAAUCGAGCACAUCGUUUCACCGCAAGACGAAAAAGUGGCUUACAUCGUGGCUGGAAAAUCAGUUUUCAAGUACAUGGAUAUCGAGGGUAUAGUGCCAACAUCCUUAGAAAUACCAGAACCGUGUUCGCUCGUCGAGAUUAUUGAGAUUGACAACCGUCACAUAAUUUUAUCAUUGACAAGCAGAGGACGUUUUUUCGUUGAUGGCAACGAGAUAGCGAGUAACAUAACGAGUUUUUUUGUACAUUCGAGAUUUCUGCUUCUGACAACGUUGCAGCACAGUCUGAUAUGCGUAAGACUCGACGAGGAAGGUUUCCGUCAAAUAAAUCAGGAUUUGACUAUAAAACCGUGGGAAAAUGGUUGCAGCGAGAAAAAUUUGUCCGGUUUAAGUGUAAGACGCGUUGAGCGUGGCUCAAAUUUGAUCGUUGCCGUUCCGGAAGAUGCAAGAACGAUAUUACAAAUGCCACGUGGAAACUUGGAAUGCAUACAACCGAGAGCGUUGUCCUUACACAUCAUCGGAACUCUUCUUGACAAUCACAAGUUUAGAGAAGCUUUUGAUAUGAUGAGAAAACAACGUAUCAAUUUGAAUCUUAUUUACGAUCAUAAUCCGAGGUCUUUUAUGUGUGACGUUAAAAAAUUCGUUAACGACAUUGAUAAUCCAUCUUGGCUCAGUCUCUUUCUCUCGGAAUUACAAGAUGAAAAUGUCACCGAAACGAUUUAUAAAAAUUAUUAUUGCAAUCGGCAAUACUUUGACCAUCCAGUCCCCGAAUUUUGGCACGAACGUAAAGUUCUUCGAGUGUGCGACGUUCUACGGAUUAUCAUGGGCUCCCGCGACGAUCACAAGUUCAUUCAACCGAUAUUGACGAGUCUCGUGAAAAAUCAACAGACCCCUGGACUCGAAGCAGCUUUGAGAAGAAUCAAAGAUAUCCGAGCUUCCGAGGACAGUUCGACAAAUUCGAAAAAAUCUUUGUCCGAAGAUGCCUUGAGAUAUUUGCUCUACCUCGUUGACGUCAAUGUCUUGUUUGAUAUUGCAAUGGGAAUGUACGAUUUUGAACUCGCGCUGUUCGUCGCCUCGAAAUCCCAGAAAGAUCCCAAAGAAUAUAUUCCACUUUUGAACGACAUGAAAAAGCUCGAGACCAAUUAUAUGAAAUACACCAUCGACAAAGAUCUCAAACGAUACGAUUCGGCGCUGAAUCAUAUCGCCAAAUCUCCUGAUAAAUUCGAUGAGUGUCUCGAAUUCAUAUGCAAUCAUGAUAUGUAUGCAAAAGCAUUGAAGAUAUUUCCAAACAACAGCGAGGAGUACAGAAAAAUUGCCAAGGCUUACGGAAACGUUCUCAUGAAAAGAGAAAAAUAUUACGAGGCUGCAAUCAUGUUCUCGCGGAGCAGACUUUUAAUGAAUGCUCUUUGCGCUUAUAAGGCAGCUGGAGCUUGGCAAGACGUUAUCAUUGUUGCAACGCAAUUGAAUUUGGAUGAUGGAGAUAUGCAGGAAUUGUACGAAGAGUUGGUGGCUUACUUGCGCCAUGAAAAAAGAUAUCGCGAUGCGGCUGAAAUUCUCGUCACUUAUUUGAAGCAACACGAGGAUGCGGUAUCCGUGUUGUGCGAAGGAAAACGUUGGCGUGAUGCAAUGAGAAUCGCACAUUCCAUCAAAAGGCUUGAUUUGAUCGAAACCCACGUAAAACCCGGAGUUGAGGAGCACGCAGCGUAUCUUGCAUUCACGACGAAACAUAACAAAGAAAAAUUUGAAAAGCACAAGAUACGUUUGGCUACGGUGAGACAAGAAAACGCGGCGAGAGAGUUACGAAUGCACGAAGCCCUUGGCACAGACUUUGAUUAUCCAACCGGACACGAUGUCAAUGAUUUAUUGAGUGACACUAGCAGCGUUGCUGGUUCACUCUCGAGCCAGAGCUCUCGGAGUUCACGCAGUUCAGGAAGAACAUACCGAUCAAGCAAAAAUCGAAGAAAGCAAGAAAGAAAACUGUUAAGCAUAAAAGAAGGAAGUUUCUUCGAAGAUCUCGCGCUCAUAAGAGCCCUCCACCAACUAAUAACGAUCACUUAUGCCGACAAAGACGAAAUAAAACUGGUGACGCAGAUGUUAUUGAUAUUCGAGCACGAUCAAAGGGCUCAAGAUUUGCAAAGUGCUUUCGGCGAAUUCAUCAAUUUGAUCGAACGCAGUAAAAGUGAAAUUUGGCCCAAAUCCAAUCAAAUUGGAAAUGAUCCUAUAGAUUCGAGAGAGGAAUCAAUUUGUAUAAAAGACAAUCAACCAAGCAAUGUUCCGCAAAGUUUGCUGGAAUCUCGUUUCAUGUAUCCACCGGAUGCAGGCAACAAUGCAUGGCAACUAGACAUCUUCAAUUCUGUAAACAAUAUCGCUGAAUAAAUCGUGUAACACCAAUAAAAAAAAAUAUUUUUAUGGUAAAAUGUAAUAAAGCUGUUUUCGAUGAAGAAUAAUAAUUCAUCACCUCGCGGCUCUCUUCCUAUUUUGCUAUCUCUCGUUUUUGAAGGUAGUCGACAAACAUGUUUUUUUGACGCUUUUAUUUACAACGCGUUAUUUCAUGGUUUCAUGCUUAUUUCUUAAUGAAAAGAAUGAUUUCGACUUAUAUAUUCGUAUAUAAUAAAUUGUUGCUGGAAUUCACAGUCGAGUCUCGCUACUUCCAGCACUUGCACAAGUA